CACUGCUCAACAAUCCUCAAGUGAUAAGAUUCAGCAAAGAUCCAGUCUUGGCUGUGCCACUGCCUACUACAUGCUUAGAAACAGCAUUCCGCAAUCCUGCAAUUUCGCCUUAAGCCAAAUCACAGCCUCACUUACAAACAGCAGUCAGCACAUAGACAGUGGCGAUAUUUGCAGCUCAUACUGCAUCACUCCACUGAAACAAGCUGCACAAGAAUGCACAGGUAUCGACGACAUAUACACUGCCAUCAACUUGAGGUGCUGUUGGAAUGAGCAUGGA